UAAAGAAAUGGCCACCGGUACAUCAUUUGAUCACUAUAAGUUCAUCAAAAAUCAUCUUGAAUGCAGCAUCUGUCAGGACACUUACAACCAACCAAAAUCUCUGGACUGUCAACACAGCUUCUGCAAGACUUGCCUUGAGACAUACCACGAGGGCAGGUAUGCAGGCGCAAGUAAGAUAUACUGUCCAUUGUGUCGACAAGAGACACCACUUCCAGAGACCGGUGUGCAGGGCCUGAAAACGAACUUCAACUUGACUAAUAUGCUGGAUGAUAUCUCCCGACAAGAAAAGGAUAAGUCGACACUGAAUUAUCUGGAAGAUCCAAGAAGAUGUGGCAAGCACAAUGGGAUGGUUAAACAAUUAUACUGUGAGUUAUGUGAAGAGUUAAUUUGCCGAAAAUGUGCCAAAUGUAACCACAGACACCAUGGGUAUAUUGACAAAGAAACUGCAUCUUUGGAACAAAGACAGUCACUGAAGGACUUAUUCCCAUCUCUGGAGGAAAAGAUCGACGAAUGUCAGCAAGCCCUGUGGGCUACAUCUGGAGCUAAAGACGAGUUUACGAGUAUGAUAAGGCAGACAACACAAAAGGUGCAAGAAAGGGUUCGCCAGAUCCGAGCAGUUGUAUCGAAACAGGAGGAGCAGCUAUUGACUCAGAUCAAAAAGAUUGAAAGGAAAUACAGCAAUACCUUUGAUCACCAUGAGGAAACAGUGAGGGAGUUGUUGCACAAAGCACAACGGUCGCUGGAGACGGCAAAGGACACCGUGGAUGUCGCGUCAGAUGGUGACUUUCUCUCUCUCUACCCGCCGGUGGUCAGGAAAGACUUGCGGAAGCUGAGUUCUCAUCAACUUCCCGCUGUCGACCUUAGCUUUCCAGACAUAACGUUCAAAGGGUCGAUUUCAGGUGUGAAUGAUGCGGGCACAAGCAUCGGCACGGUGAUGCUACACACAUGGGAAAAAUUCUCCGAGUUUGGCGAUUUCCAGUCGGCUUGUGAUGUUGCCUCUGUACGUAAUUCUCAGCCUGACGAAUUUGCAGUGAUAAAUUGCUGUCCCCAAAACGGAUCGGUGGGAAUCUACAGAUGUACAGGGUACCACAACAGCCAAGGCUGUAAAAUCUCGAAAACUAAUUCAUUCAGAAUUUGCGCUCCAAGCGGAAUCAGUGUGUGGGAUGACACUCUGAUAGUUCCAUCUGUCCAUCACCAACGUGUCUGGACCUUUCCAAAGCACUUCCUGGACAAUGGUACAAUGAAGCAUGGUAGCUUCUACACAUUCCAACAUCACGAAGCCGUUGGAUCAUUGUGUGAAUAUAUCAUGGCCGUGCUCGAUUCUUAUUUUAGUAUAACUGCAAUGCCGAGAUCAGUAGCAGUCAAAUCUAAUGGUACCAUAGUGAUUGGUGAUGUGUUAAGAAAUGAGUUAACGGAGCACUCGCUUCAGGGUUCACUUCAACGCAUAAUAAAACUUGAAAUAAAGCCUCAGUUUGUGGCAGUUGAUGAUGCCAAAGAGAGAUUUGUAAUUAGCGAUUAUCGAAAGGCGACAGUUGUUAAAAACGACGGUGCUGCAGAAUUCAGCAUUAAACCAGUUAUCCGGGGCAUCCCACAAGAGCAAACGACGUGUACAGGAGUCUGCUGUGACAACUCGGGCAUCUACCUGGCGAUGCACGGCGUAGAAAAAGGAACGGGUCACGUUCACAACUACAGUGCCAGUGGACAGUUUCUCAGCUGCAUUGCGCAGAAUCUGUACCAACCAAUGGGAAUCACAAUCGUCGCGGACGGUCAGAAAUUAGCUGUGGCCGAUACAAGAACAGUGAAGGUCUACCAUAAAGCCUGGUGUCCAUAUCGACGUUGA